AUGGCUGAAGUGCCUGCGCCUCUGCUUGAGGAAAAAGCUCCCUCGAGUUCCAUUUCCUUUCUCACAGACAAUGUCAUCACAUCCGUCAUAUCAGAUACUUAUGCCUCCCUGGCGGCGAAGCGGCAAGCGAUGGGCUUGACGAACCCGGGCACCGUCGAAGGCAUCGACCGCGAAGUAAAACGGGAUGUCCUCCUGAGUGCUCAUAUGUUCUCCGGGCUCCGAUGCGAUCUGACCAAGAUCUUCUCCGUCAAUCCUCUGUUUCGGUUGCAGCAUGGCUUCGCAAUGGGCUCUCAGGCUCUGCCCCCUUGGCAGCUGAUGUGUAUCUAUGGUACAAACAGAGUCUUCAUGCAAGGCGCUUAUGCCUCUGAUGGAUCCGUCACUGCAUGGGGCAACCUGCGCUGGAAUGACCGCUUUGUCACCAAAACGCAAACCCAGAUUGAUCCCCGGCAAGACCAGUCUGUUGUGCAGUUCGAUAACGAAUACACUGGCGACGACUUCUCCCUUUCCGUCAAAGCCCUUACACCGUCCAUCAUGGAAGGCGGUCUCACUGGUAUUUACAUUGGUAGCUACCUACAAUCCAUCACCCCCCGAUUGGCAUUAGGUAUUGAAGGUGUCUACCAACGCGCCAGCAUGGGGACCAAACCGGAGACUGCGGCCAGCUACUGCGCCAGAUACAAGGGUGAUGACUGGGUAGCAGCGGGACAAGUGCUGGCCGCAGGUCAGAUGAGCGCAAGCUACUGGAGGAGGCUAACAGAAAAGGUCGAGGCGGGUGUGGACUGCAGCCUGCAAUUCUCGCCAGGCAUGGGAGGCGGCAUGAUGGGAAUGCCUCGGAAAGAAGGCACCACUACCCUAGGUGUCAAGUACAACUUCCAGGCCAGCGUGUACCGCGCACAGGUGGACAGUGCCGGGAAGCUGGGUGUCGUCCUCGAGCGGAGAGUAGCUCCGCCCGUCACCCUGACUUUCGCUGCGGAGAUUGACCAGGUCAAGAGCACUCACAAGCUUGGCGUGGCCGUGUCGAUAGAUGGUGCACCCGAGGAACUGGAAGAAGUUGCGCAGAGAACCGAGCAGGUCUCGCCACCGUACUAA